AUGCUCCGACUCUUUUCACGAACGCUUCCAACAGCUACCAAAUCAAUUGCUCCAUUCUCGUGUACAAAACAAUUCAUUCCAAGGACCUCAUACCAAAUUGUCAGGAAUAUGGGAAAGGCUAGCAACGAGGACCUAAAGGGCUCCAAGCUCUUCGACGUCUCACACGUCACGGCUCUCGUUACUGGAGGCGGAACCGGAAUCGGUUUGAUGAUUACACAGGCGCUGGUUGCCAACGGUGCAAAGGUCUACAUUACAUCAAGGCGCGAUGAGGUACUGAAGAAGUCGGGUGAGCUGUACGACAGCGGCCCAGGCCAGAUCAUCCCUAUUCAGGCCGACGUCAGCGACAAGGACGAUGUAAAGCGUCUUUACGACGAAAUGUGCCAAAAGGAGCCCAAGGGCAUCCAACUGCUCGUCAACAACGCUGGAAUUGCGCGCGAUGACAACACCAAGUUCUCUUCAAACGGACAGCCCAACAUGGAAGACCCACAAGCCAUCUCCGAUCACUUCCUCAAGUCGCAGCCUGAGCAGUGGGCCGACACAAUGAAGACCAACGUCGGCAGCAUUUACUGGAUGAGCAUGACUUUCCUACCACUGCUUGCCAAGGGUGGCAACGUCACACCGGGGUACAGCUCACAAGUUAUCAAUGUCAGCAGUAUCUCGGGCUACAUGAAGGGUAGCAGCAAUGGCCAAUUUGCGUACUCUUCAAGUAAGGCAGCAGCCACGCACUUGAGCCGUAUGCUAGCAACGACUUUCAUGGGCACCAAGGUGCGCGUCAAUACCAUUGCGCCUGGUGUUUUCCCCAGCGAGAUGACAACAGGCUCGUCUGAUGAAGACAACAAGAGCCGCAUCGAGUCUGGCAUGUCGAAUCCUGCUGGCCGCCCUGGCGCCGAUACCGAUAUGGCUGCGACUGUACUCAUGCUGGCUGGACCAGGUGGCGUCUUUUACAAUGAGCAGGUCUUGUAUCCUGAUGGUGGAAGCACUCUUCAGCAGCCUGCUGCGCGGGCUUAAUCGCUUCAUAAGCAAUCUAGCGAGUGUAGGUCGAUAUAAUGAACUU